GUUAGCCAGGAUGGUCUCGAUCUCCUGACCUCGUGAUCUGCCUGCCUUGGCCUCCCAAAGUGCUGGGAUUACAGGCGUGAGCCACCGUGACCAGCCGCAGAGACACCCUUUUUGGAGACUUUAUUGAGUUCUGACCCUACCUUGGAGUCUUGCCUCACAGAACUGAUGAAAAGAGAUCAAAGUUUUGGCUAAUGAAUCCUAGUAAGUUUCUAGAGCUAGUGCUCACAAUUUCCUGAAACCCAAAAGCAAAUAAAUGGGAAAAAUAAAGUAUGUAUUUUAAAGUCUUAGUUUUUAACUGUUGUAUUAAAACCAGUGCUUGCAGAGACACUCAAAUUAGCAACUUGUUUUCUAUUCCUGAAGAUCCAGUAGUUGUUCCAUAAGUCACAAAAAAGUAAAUAUGAAUAGAAUAAAAUUUUCUCUAUACUACAUUAAACUCUUCCUUCUAUAUCUCUUUCAUCUGUCUAUAUUUGGCUUUUAUUCUACACAAUUUAAAAAAAAAAUUUGAUGACCGAGAAAUAGAAGAAGAAAUAAAAACGCUGGAACCUUUAUCUAAAUCCUGGAAAUUAUGAAACCCUUAGUACUAGCUCCCAGGGUGUUAUGAGAAUUAAAUCACAUAAUGUGUUAUGCCCAGCACAGUGCUCUGUAUCAUACCCUUGAGCACAUAGUGCCUGUUUAAUAAAUAUUGCAUUAGUACAUGUGUACACAUGUUGCUUUUUAAAUACAGAUUUGUUCAGACAUUGCUGCCUUCUGUUUUGUCUGUAAACUUUAAAUAGCCAGCAAAGAAUAUAAAACUUUAGGAUGGAGAGGGGUUGUCCUUAUUUGUACCAGAAGUAUUUGGUUGUGACAAGGGGGCUAAAGUGAGGCCAAAAUUACCAAGUGAUUUAUAAACUCGUUAAAACCUGAGAAGCAAUGCUUAGCUUAGUGGUUAUCAACCCAGGCUUCUCCUUAGGAUCACAUGGUCAAUUUGCAGAAACUUCUUGUGCCCUCCCCACAGCUUCUGUUUAUUGUUGUGGGUGGAAGCAUCCAUGUUGUUUUAAUGAAGGGCCUCAUAUGGGCCAGAAUCAGGUAUGAGGGUUUCAAAAUACAUUCAUGAGAGUUAAGUUCCACCUUUGUACUAUAGGGUGGUCACAGGGCCUGUUCUGUUUGGGUUUGAUAGGGACAGGUCAGUGUGGCACAUAUUUGCAUUACUGUAACAGAAAUUACUGGUGUCUGUGGCAGGGGAGGGCACCUGAGGACAGGAAAGGAGAAACAUGUUUUUAUCUUCAUGGAGCAGCUCAUGGUGCCUGAAUCUCUUCUGUUUUAAAGGACAGAAAUGGGUUGACUUUUUCUUUUUCUGCCAGUUGAUGUCAUCCUAGCAGGUAAACAUGUAAUACUGACACCUUUAAAGGCAUAUUGUUAAGAUGCAGGUGUAAUUUAUCCAGAGAGUCUCAUCUGAGAAUGAAUUCCAGAGGAGGAAGAAAAAAAAGGCUUUUCUUCAGGGACCGUUACAAUUUAGAGAUGUGGCCAUAGAAUUCUCUCUGGAGGAGUGGCAUUGCCUGGACACUGCACAGCGGAAUUUAUAUAGGGAUGUGAUGUUAGAGAACUACAGAAACCUGGUCUUCCUUGGUAUUGUUGUCUCUAAACCAGACCUGAUCACCUGUCUGGAGCAAGGAAAAAAACCUUUAACUAUGAAGAGACAUGAGAUGAUUGCCAAACCCCCAGACGUUUGGUCAGAGCAGAGCAUAAAAGAUUCUUUCCAAAAAGUGAUACUAAGAAGAUAUGAAAAAUGUGGACAUGACAAUUUACAGUUAAAAAAAGGCUGUGAAAGUGUAGAUGAGUGUCCGGUACACAAAAGAGGUUAUAAUGGACUUAAACAAUGUUUGACAACUACCCAGAGAAAAAUAUUUCAUUGUGAUGAAUAUGUGAAAUUCUUGCCUAAAUUUUCAAAUUCAAACAGACAUAAGAUAAGGAUAAGAGAUACUGGAAAAAAACCUUUUAAAUGUAUAGAAUAUGGGAAAGCUUUUAACCAGUCUUCAACCCGUACUACAUAUAAGAAAAUUGAUACUGGAGAGAAACGCUACAAAUGUGAAGAAUGUGGUAAAGCCUAUAAGCAGUCCUCGCACCUUACUACACAUAAGAAAAUUCAUACUGGAGAGAAACCCUACAAAUGUGAAGAAUGUGGCAAAGCCUAUAAGCAGUCCUGUAACCUUACUACACAUAAGAUAAUUCAUACUGGAGAAAAACCCUACAGAUGUAGAGAAUGUGGCAAAGCUUUUAACCACCCCGCAACCCUUUUUUCACAUAAGAAAAUUCAUACUGGAGAGAAACCAUACAAGUGUGAUAAAUGUGGCAAAGCCUUUAUUUCAUCCUCAACCCUUACUAAACAUGAGAUAAUUCAUACUGGGGAGAAACCCUACAAAUGUGAGGAAUGUGGCAAAGCUUUUAACCGUUCCUCAAACCUUACUAAACAUAAGAGAAUUCAUACUGGAGAUGUACCCUACAAAUGUGAUGAAUGUGGCAAAACCUUUACUUGGUACUCAAGCCUCUAUAAACAUAAGAGAGCUCAUACUGGAGAGAAACCCUACAAGUGUGAAGAAUGUGGCAAAGCCUUUACUGCAUUCUCAACUCUAACUGAACAUAAGAUAAUUCAUACUGGAGAGAAACCUUACAAAUGUGAAGAAUGUGGCAAAGCUUUUAACUGGUCCUCAGCCCUUAAUAAACAUAAGAAAAUUCAUAUUAGACAGAAACCCUACAUAGCAAAGAAUGUGGAAUAUUAGGAAUAUAAGGGUUGAAUGUUCCUCAACCCGUAAUAAGCAUAAGAUUAUUCAUACUGGAGAGAAACCCGAUGAAUGUGGGAAAGCCUUUAACCAGCCCUCGACUCUAUGAGAAUUUAUAUGGAACAUAAACCUUACAAAUAUAAAGAAUGUGACAAAGCUUUUUAUUACAUAUAAUUUAUACUGGACAGAAACCCUACAAGUUUGAGUUUCACUCUUGUCACCCAGGCUGGAGUGCAAUGGCACGAUCUCGGCUCAUGGCAACUUCUGCCUCCUGGGUU